CCCCAUAGGGAGAAAGGUGGGGUAGAAAUAAAAUUAUUAAAUUAAAAAUAAAUAACACAAUAAUAACAUGAGCCUUUUGACAGUGAUUGCUGGAUCUGGUAGGAGGGCUGAGCUCUGCCCAUUUAGGCCAAAAUGCCUGUUGCCAAGAGCUGGGUGUAUCAAAAGGCAUACGCCGCCACCACCCCCCAAGAGGCCAUUGACCAAGAGCUGAAUCUCAUUGGCAAUGCUUUUUUGCAGCAUCUGGUCAGGACUGGAGUGCUGUAUGAGGGUAAGAUGAAGCUGGAUUACAUCCUUGGCUUAAAAAUUGAGGAUUUUCUGGAAAGACGUCUCCAGACUCAGGUCCUUAAGCUGGGCCUGCCCAAGUCAAUCCAACAUGCCCAGGUGCUCAUCUGCCAUAGACACAUCCAUUUAAGAAAGCAAGUAAUGAACAUUCCUUCAUUCAUUGUUCACCUGGAUUCUCAAAAGCAUAUCGACUUCUCCCUUCACUCUCCAUAUGGUGGUGGCAGACCAGACCAUGUCAAGAGGAAGAAUGUCAAGAAAGGCCAGGCCGGUUGUGGUGGUGGAGAUGAUGAGGAGGAGGAUUAA